AUGCGCGCCCCGCCGAACCGCCCAGCAUCAGCCACCCUGCACGCAAUAUUUCCCCUCAUUUUCCUCCUGGCUGAGAUGGCAUUACGGGUAGCCGCGUCACCGGACUAUAUCGCAGAUUACAGCCAACACAGCAUGUCGUCGAAAUAUUGCUACAGCUGCAUGUCCGAGUCGUUUCUCGUUCACUGGGCAUAUUUGGAUGAGAUCUACUACCGACCUCUAAACUUCACCGACCACUGCUAUAACAUCCCGUCAAAAGUGAGCAUCGGCAUGGUGCCCUGCUCAAACUCGAUGUGUGUUACCGUGAUCGAGCCGAGGAUUCUGGCAGGUCAACACGUCGGAAACAACAUCAUCCGCGGCUGUUUUGCUACCGUUUUCAAAUUUGGAGCAACACCUAGGGCUCAAUCUUCCCACCAAAGUGACACAUCUUGUGCUCAAAUGCCGGCUAGCAAAUUGCUGCCUCCACAUUUAUCCCCGCGGAGCAGCAAUCGGACAAUAGAACUAUGUUGGUGUGUGGGCCAACUUUGCAACGAUUAUCCAUCGGUACCGAUUGGAGGAAGCGCGCGGGAAAGCAUCAUCUCCACUCUACUAGCAUAUAUUGCGCUGCUGUGGCUGCUGCGC